UUCAGAAGGAAAUUGGUAUUUAAUUCAUAAAAGUGGCAUUCAACUGAUCACAAAGUAUAGUCAGGACAUUACUGAUGCAAAAAACAAAACAAUACAGUAUAGGUACAAAUCUAAAAAUUACUGUACUUAUUGGAACAUCAUGAAACAAAAAUAGGAGAACAGAAAAUCGGCAUUCCCUUGCAGAACGAAACUGAAAUGAUGUGUCAUAGAUAGAAACCUAGACCUAUAUAAAGAUGUUAUCUCAUGCACCAUCACCUCAAAUCACUGCUGACGACUGAAAGAUCAAGUGCAGAUAUUUACAGGUUUCUUAUCCAUCAACCUAAACAGAAACCACAAGACUGAAGAUUUGUUCACCGUUCAAUAAAAUCGUUAUUGUAAGUAGCCAAUUUAAUUUUAAAUAUGUUUUCAGUCAAAUAAGUGUUAUAAUGUAUUCGAUUAAUUGGCAUAAUAUACUACAGUAAUCAAUGCUUCGAAUGAUCUGACCAUUAAUAUACAGUACAUCUUUCUCCCAGAUGUCUUGUCUGUAUCGGACUGUUGUAUGCAUCCUCCUGAUGUGUAUGGUGUGUAAGAGCUGCUCUUCUUCUCUUGGUCACAGAAGGCCCUUCUCCAACUCACUGCGGCUAACACGCACUAUUCACGCCCGUGUGCAACAACUGCUGUCUCGAUACAAACAGCAGCUUUUUGGUGGCGAGCUCUUUGAAAGCAGAGAGCUGAUGGAGCGCACAAUACCUGCUGUCACUGUCAAUUAUCGGACCUGGCUACACAUGAAGGACGUUGAGCGUUUGCGUUUGGCCUCUCGCAAUCUCCAAACCUUCUGGACUCACCUGGAAUAUCAGCGGCUGCAACUGGAGAGAGAGGGGGACGAGAGCAAAGACAGAAGAGAGCAGAAAAGAGGCAAGCGAGGAAGGCCCCAGCCCACCUUAUGUCAAAGUUUUAUGGGUCUACAAAUAGAUCUGCGGGACCUAAUGAGACAAGUCAACUCUCAGGUAAAUGUGCACACUUUACUCAACAAAUAUGUCAUUUGUAACGUAUGUGACGUAGCCUAUGCACUGUACAAACCAAUAUACAGUAGCAGAAGUGUUUUCACACAGAGAAACAUUACGUAUGCUGUUACAAAUAUUAUUCACAGUAUUGCACCUACCGAGACAAAAGUAACUGAAAGACUAAAACUCAUGCUUCUCUUUCUUUAUCUGCAGUUGUUCAGUCUAAGUAUUACACAGGACCCUGAGUCUACAUCCACAAAAUCCCCAAUUCUACGUCCCCUUCACUCCACUCCAGCUCCAAAUACCAGCAUCCGUCAUCCCACAAUACGCUUCACUCCAACCAGCAGUAGGAAACUCCAGACUUCAUUUCACACUGAUACUCCCCACAGUUCCACACACUUCACCACAGAAUCAACCUCAACGUCCUCCAACAUGAAGCUUCCAUACAGAGGACUGACUGCAAAGCCUGAAAAGACCUCUGUGGGUGUCACAGUGACCCCAAGACCCCCAAAACCCACCCAGACAUCAACAGUCUCUGAUUCCAGAGGAAGCCUGUUGUCUGUGGACAAACAGCAGACAACAGCUCUAUCUUCAGGGUCAUCCCGUUGGGUUCAGCAUCUGAGAGGGUAUGUUAUACUCAGAGAUCUAGAACGGUACUUGAGCAGAUUGGCACGAGAUUACACAGCGCUCCAAGCUAAAUACUGACAAACAUACAUAAGUCGUUUAACAAUUAAGGAAACAACAACAAAAAAGCAAAUGACCUUGGGGCAAAAUGAAAAACCAAGUAUUACACUGAAACAUUAUAAAACAAAACAAAGUAUAUAACAAAUAUGCACACUCACACAUAAUUGAAUACACUAACAUUCAUAGUCAUAAACAAAUUCACAGUGUCACAGUUGAUGUUUACCUUGUUAAUUAACUGUUUUAUUUAUUAGAAUAUUUUAUUACCUUUUUGUUUACUUCAUCAAGGCCAGUGACAAUACAGAUACAUACUCUACCUUGAGAAGAGUGAGAAUAUUUUACCUGUAGAUGUGUGAGAUUGUAUUUGAUAUUUUAUACGUAUAUUGAUGGAUUGCAUGUCUCAGUGUUUGAGAGUAUGAACAGGCAGCUAGAGUUUUUUUCACAGAUAGCAGGAACAAAUUAAUAGAAUUUGUAUGCAGUAUUUUUAUAUAGACUGAAAUGUCAAGGACUGAUUCUUCAUUCUUCUUUUUGUAUUAACUGCAAAUUAUCUUGCCAAAGCACUAUUACUUGACCAAUAACUUAAUAUAUUAUACGUCAUAUGUCAUAAUAUAAUAAUUUUUUUCAUUAAUGGGUCUGUAUUUGAAAAUUAUGAGCACUUUAAAUGGUAGUAAGUGUUUUUUAUUUUUUACAAAAACAACAAAAAUGUUAGUCAGCCAUUCUUGAAAAUCAAAAUUCCCCAAACACCCCACUUCCCUCCGCCACUGAUAAUCAGCCAAUCAGAGGACAGAAUGAGAGAUUAACUUUAAAUCCCUUUUUUGUUGUCUUUCCCCUGUACUUUCCACCUCUUCUUAUUUAUUAAAAUAUUUAUUUUAUUUAUGUGAAAUGUGUGGCAAGUUUUUUCAUGCAAUAUUUAUUUUUCAUAAAGGAUUAAAGGCAGUGCAAACGUGAAAUAUUAUGUUUUGUAUGUUUUGUACAAUCUCAAUCAUGAGCAAAGAAUAAAAGUAUUGAGAAGAACUUGCAGUGUGUGUGGGUGUGUGUGCAUAACAAUGUUAUUUAAGACAACAGACAAAAUUAAAUCAUGAACACACAACGCAACCUGGAUUAAGACAUGUUGUAACCGAUCUCUAUUUCAAAACACUUCUUGAAACAGUAGUUCUUUGGCUUAUGUCCAACAUUUUAGAGAGAAUAUGAAGCAAACUGUCAUGUUCACUGUUGUCUUUUGUUUUUGUGCUUUUAUG